AUGGUGCUGCCAUCAAUCUCGUGCCCAAUCGACCUAAUUUCUUUGAGGCCUCCUUCCCUGCUAAGGAGGGUCGUCGCAACACACGUAAAAAGCCAUUUCAGACAACCACUCAGGCAUUCUACAUCAUCAUCAGCUGGCUCGAUCAUGUCUGCCCAACCUACCAACAACGCCUCAAGAGUUCUAUGUGAAGAAACCCAAUCGCCUCAACGCGACCGACAUUCCAAAUCCCUCAUGUUGAAAAUCCCUCGGUCGGCCGCUAUUAGGCUCGAUUACAUCCUUUACAUCGAGUCGGCGAAGCACCGCGAGUUGAGCAUGCGCGGGGAACUCUCCCCUGUCAAAUGGGAAAAGAUUGUUCCUCAUCCUCGACCCCCUCCAUUUCAGGCUAACAUUGUAUCGUUCACGUGGCCUCGAUUCCAGACCGAGGCCAUUAUUCAUGUGGCGGACCACAGCCUCGACCUCCGCGCAUUCCUCAUGAAGAACCACGAAGACGGGACCCUCAUCUGGAUGGGGGUCAUCAAGGAUCACCCUGACUACGGCGUUGGCGUCACGAUUGAUGGGCCGAUGGUGUUCCUUAAUUUCUCAAAUGCGGCAUACGAUGCCUUCCCGGCCUCUGUCACCGUCAAGAUAACCAUGGACAACCCAUCUAGAAAGGCUUAUGAAGAGGCCAUGAGGGCUCAUUUCGAACACCAUCGUCGCCUUUCGGAGGCAAUUAAGAAUAUCAAGGCGCAUGCCACUCCAACCGGCCCGACCACUUACACGGUUGUACACCCCUUCAAUGCCCAGCAACUCAUGGAGUUUGAGUCCUCUCACUUGAACGAGUGGGCCGAGGCAAUUGUUCAGAAUGUAGCCGGAGUCUGCCCUAGGAUGCCCCCCUCGAACAACAAUUUCGUCUGGAUCGAUGGUCGCAAGCGUGGGGCUCACAAUGCCUCAGCCUCAGACGCACCUCCUAGCAAGCGGAACACCGGGCCCGAUUUCACUACUCCACCUAACCGGUUGGCUCCUGGGAUGUCGGGCGCGGCAGCCGUUUCUGAUAAUGGCGACCUUGAUAACAUCGAGGUCAUCCCAAUCUCAUCAGGUAACACGACCCACACCCAAGUUACCACGACCGUGCAUCCGACCCCUCCCCAAGGCACCACAACCGUGCAUCCGACCCCUCCCGCUGCCGCAAAUGCGCCUUUGCCACCGGCUUCCCCGGAGUUGGAGGGUCACCACAUGGAGACAUAUCUCCAUGUGGCACAUAUCCCCAAGGCAGACAAGCUAACUCGUGCCCGCUUGUUGUCCAACGGAAUUGUACACUGGUCUUUUUUCCAAUCCUCCUCCGAGGCCGAAUUGAUCGGCAUUGGAUUCCCUAUAGGAAUCGCCCGAUUACUCAUCGAAGGCGCCGAACAACUUGCUCGGUACGAUCACAACAUGAACGUAUAUGCAGGAGGCAUGUCUCCUUCUCCUUCCCCUGAGGUCUAG